AUGGUAAAGGAUACUGAGUACUACGAUCUGCUGAACAUCCAGCCAGAUGCGUCAGCUACCGAGAUCAAAAAGGCUUACCGCAAAAAGGCAAUGCUGACGCAUCCUGACAAGCAUCCUGAUGACCCUGAUGCUCAAACCAAAUUCCAGGCAGUGGGACAGGCUUACCAGGUUCUUAGCGAUCCCGAGCUGCGUUCAAGAUAUGACCAGUUCGGCAAAGAAGAGGCAGUGCCACAACAGGGCUUCGAAGACGCUGCGGAGUUUUUCACAACAAUAUUUGGCGGAGACGCAUUCCAGGAAUGGAUCGGCGAUUUUUCGUUUCUCAAGAACCUAACCAAGGGAGCCGAAAUCAUGGGUGAGAACGGAGAAAUUAGCACAGAUACACCGGGGACUGGAAAUGCGGAAACUGCGAAGGUGGAUGGAACUACAGAUGUGGUUCAGCAUGACGGGAAAGCUCAGAGCUCAAAGAACUCCGACAAGCUGUCCAAAGAGCAGCGCGCAAAAUUAGUCGAGAUGGAAAACGAACGCAGGGCCGAGAAAAAAAAGCAGGUGGAGGAGCUGGCACGGAAGCUGGAAAAUAAGAUCCAGGAGUACUUGGUCGGGGUCGAGAGUCACAAUCUGGACGCUUUUGACCGCAAGCUGGACCAGGAAGUUGAGGACCUUAAGCUGGAAAGUUUCGGGCUGGAACUACUGCAUCUGAUAGCGAAGGUGUACAAGACCAAAGCCAGUAACUUCAUGAUGUCGCAGAAAACCCACGGCUUCAGCAAGCUGUUCACAGGUGUUCGCGACAAAACCAAAUCCGCUAAAUCCGCGUGGGGCAUAUUAUCUUCCGCCAUGGACGCCCACAGCGCGAUGACAGAGCUGGAAAAGCUGGAUCUGGACUCCAUGGACGACUACGAGCGCGCUGAGGUCGAAAAGGUCAUCACUGGCAAAGUUUUGGGCACUGCGUGGGUGAUGUCCAAAUUCGAAGCCCAGAGCAAACUGCGGGACGUUUGUGACAGAAUCUUGACCGACAAAAACCUUCCUACCAAGAAGCGGGUGGCCAAGGCCAAAGCGUUGGUGUACAUAGCCAAUAAGUUUGGCUCAGCCGUUAGAUCGCCCGACGAGGCCGAAGAUGCAAGAGUCUUUGAAGAGAUUAUAUUCGAGGCACAGGGAAACAAGAAGAAGGCUCAUUUCAAGAAAAAAGACCCAGCCGUGAAAGCCUAA